UUCAAUAACGAUCGGACUGCUGCGGUCGUAACUAGUGUCGGCGGAAAGUCUAAAUUUGUUACCAUCAACCCUGUUCGACAGUUAUUCUUCCCGACCACUUGGGCCGAAUCCAAGAAGCGAUUUCGACAACUCCGACGGGGUCCAACACGAUGAAUGACAACUCCAUUGAACCGAAUGGUUCUGCACAGAGAAGCGCGCGAGAUGCCAACGAUUCUACCGUAAGGGUCUCGUACAAUCCAGCUGGCGACGAUCAGACCGCUGAGAACACCAACUUGAUAAUCGACCCUUCGACCACAAAUGCGAUCCUCGACGAUGACACUCCCAGAGCGUUCAAUUUGUACAGAAACAAGAAACUGAUAUCCCACGGCAUGAUGGACGUGGCUCUGUUUUCAGCAAAUGCCAACCAGCUGAGAUACGUCUUGGAAACCGGCAACGGCGAUGUGUUUUAUGUUAUCUGUGUAAUCAUGUUGCUGGUUAGCAUCGUCUUGCAGAUAUUAGUGGGCAUAACGCUUUUGUUGAGUGCCCGGUACAACGUGACUCACAGCGACCAACGAGCGAUGGCGUUUAAGCUGGGAAACUAUGUCAUUGUUGGCAUAUUUCUAAUAACUGUCGUCAACGUCUUCAUCACGUCUUUUGGAGGACCAACGGUACAACCGCCAACAAUAAUGACCAAUAUAGUGACCGAACUACCGUCCAUGUAAAAAUUAAAUGAAAACAUUUACAAUAAAGCGUUGAAAAUAAUCCGUUUCAACAAACCUGUUGUGUCGUAUAUUGUGUUUUUUAUUCACUUAGAAAA